CGGCGCGAUGACGUAGGGCCUGAGCCUGCCUCGUUGUGGCUGCCGCCGCCGCGCUGAGGCGGAGUAGGAUGAGGCCCGCGGCCGUGGCUCCGGCGUCGGCGGGGGCAGCAGCAGCUGAGGCAGCAGCUGAGGCAGCCGCGACGGCCGCGCCCCCCCCUCCUGACCUGGAUUAGGCCCAGCAGCUCCGUGGCCGCCGCCGCCCCGCGGGGGGGCGGGGUGGGGAAGUGCUUCGUCUCCCCGCCCCCCCCCCCCAUCGCCGCCUCGCAGGAGGCAACCGCCGCGACCCCAGCGGAGCCCGCGGCCCAGCCUUGAGCCCCCACCCCCGGGGGCUGGCAUGAGCGGCCCCUCGGCGGCACCGCGGGGCGGUGGAGUCACCUCCGCCUGAUCGCCGGCCUGCCGCCCGACCCCACCUCGCCGACCGAAGCUGACCGCGGAGCGUGCGAGCGACCCCACCGCUGCUUUCUCCUCCCCCAGAUCACGCACCGCAGCUCCGGAAGAUGGGGAACUGCCUCAAAUCCCCCACCUCGGAUGACAUCUCCCUGCUUCACGAGUCUCAGUCCGACCGGGCUAGCUUUGGCGAGGGGACGGAGCCGGAUCAGGAGCCGCCGCCGCCAUAUCAGGAACAAGUUCCAGUUCCAGUCUACCACCCAACACCUAGCCAGACUCGGCUAGCAACUCAGCUGACUGAAGAGGAACAAAUUAGGAUAGCUCAAAGAAUAGGCCUUAUACAACAUCUGCCUAAAGGAGUUUAUGACCCUGGAAGAGAUGGAUCAGAAAAAAAGAUCCGAGAGUGUGUGAUCUGUAUGAUGGACUUUGUUUAUGGGGACCCAAUUCGAUUUCUGCCGUGCAUGCACAUCUAUCACCUGGACUGUAUAGAUGACUGGUUGAUGAGAUCCUUCACGUGCCCCUCCUGCAUGGAGCCAGUUGAUGCAGCACUGCUUUCAUCCUAUGAGACUAAUUGAGCCAGGGUCUCUCAUCUGACUUCAAGUGAACCAUCAUUUUUGGUGGUUUUGAUCUUUUGUCACUGAGCCCAAAGAGCCAGGGAUUAGGAAUUAAGAUCAUGCACAAAAGUUUCCUAAAAAUUCCUGGAUGGCUGCAGAUGUUGGGGGAAAAGUACGUGAUAUUUUAGAAACUUAGAGGGAAAAGUAGGAUGGUAUUUUUAUGUAAAGCCUUGACCCAAUGUUUAAAAAUAUAAUUGUAUUUAGAUCUUGUUAUUGCUCCAGUACAUAGGAAUUGUGUAAAGUGUUACAGCAGCUGUAUUUGUUUAAAUUGUGUGUAUUGAAGAUUAGGAAAAAGAUAGUAGUUUUUUUCCUAAAUGAAAUAACUUUCUUCUCUUCCCCCUCCCUACCCAAAUUCUUUUCUGAAGUUGCUGGCAUUUGGGUCAAGGUUUUAUUAAAAGCUACAUUUUAUAACACUGGCACACAAAAAAGUAGUUUUAAGCUUGUUUGCACAGUUCUUUUUUUCCAUUGGAAAUGGAAUUCAUUGCCUUAGGUCUUUUUAAAUAGUGUAUUAUUAUCGUUGGGGCUGGCUCUAUGCUUGAAAACCAGUUUAUUUAUAACCUGUUAUAAGUGCUAUAUUCUGUUUGCAGUUAGGAAAUGCAGAAUUCAAAGUGAUCUCCUAGCUUGUAAGCAAACUGAGAUGCACUAUCCCUUUUCUAUAAAAGUAAGUUAAUGUGUCAAGAAACCAACUCUAUUAAAGUGGGGUUUAAUAUUACCCUUUCCUAUGUGUUUUACCUGAUUAUUUUGGUUGUUAAUAUGGUGAUAAUGGAAAAGUCAAGUAAAAUUUAAAAUAUUAAGAAUUCUGAUUUAUUGAGAUUGAAUUAUACCACCACAUUUAUGUAAAAAUGAAGGUGGCACUGUGGUGGGACCUAAUGAGAAAUAGUUACUCAGUUGUAACAAUUUUGAUUUCUCUUUCCUGUGACCUCUUCCCUCUUGUCUUGAACCAUAGCAAAAGGAUACUGCAUCUCUCAUUACUGUAGUGCUGAGGUUAUUGAAGUUCUAUAAAACACAUCUCAGUCUCUGUUUCUUGGAAAGGAAUCUAUUACAUCCUGCUAGCUGACUGACAGAACUAAGCAGGGAGAAUAAAGAUAAUUGUAUUUUAUGUUUUGCACACAAACGCAGAAUUUGUAUAACCACAUGACUUCAUAGUUGUGAUCUCAGAAAAGAAGGAAUUUCUCCUUUGUUUCUUGCAGUUAAUGUAAGAAUACUUUAAAUCUCUAAGCUUCUGAAGUGUUAGAGGUAGAGAUGGUCUAGUAAAGAUGUAGUAGUAAUGUUUUAUCCAUUUAGCAUGUGUUUAUUUUUUUCGUAUGUACUCAAAGGUGACAUAUUCACCUUAGUGAUAUUACAGCUUAAAAAAAAAUCAUUCAUUAGCAAAAGGAAAAGUGGUCUCAACCUAACAUCAGAAGUGUUUAUUAUUUUAUAUUGAGUUAAAUAUUGGACUCUAACACUUUCCCACAUACAAAACAGUGUCAUGAAGUUUCUUCAUAAUUGCAUUAUAGAGAAAUGUAGUAUGUCAUUAAGUACUUUGUAAAAAUUUGACAUUCAACUGUAGUAUCCAUACGUUGGUUAAAUUUCCUUAUGAGCCCCAUGAUGGAAAGACUUAAAGAUGAAUUUGAGAAAAAUUGCAAGAAAUUAGAUUAUCGGGUUCUGUUAAAUUGUUACAUGUAUCCUGCUUAAACUUCUGUUUAUUAAUUUAUAUCCACCCAAUUACAUAAAGCAAAUUUGGAGGAAACAACUAAAGUUGUGCAAUAUUUUUUGUGAUAAUUGCUUUUUUCAUUCUUGUGUUUUCUACUUAAACAUGAUGUCUGUCAUCAAGUAUUAUUAGUCAGACUUUCUUUUUUUCUAGAUUGUUAAAAUUGGUAAAUGAACGUAUUUUAAAAUCAUCUUUCACGUUGCAGUUAGUCUUUCUUUUCAUUACAAGUCUUUGACAGAAGUUUGGUAAUACUGAAGGAAGUAGCAUUGGGCAGAAUGUGUCUUUUUUAGGCACUUUGUAUUAUUCUCAACCUACAAUGUUAAGAACCGUCAAUUUUGACUUUUACUAAGUUGUUAAAUAAAGUUAUAAUACAGCU